ACGGAUGUAACCAAAAUGGCGAUUGUUGUUGAAUGUUUGGACACUUAGGAUACAUUUUAUAUUCUCUUUAACAGUUACUUGUCAAAAUACAAAGGCUGUGUUCGAGAUAAUUCGCAGCACCAAACUUGUGAAGCAUGGCGAGCCCAUUUACGCCACGAUCACAGAACAUGGUGGCUGUGAGUCAGACCCCGAGAGAGGAGCUCCUACAGGAGAACCAGCCCAUCGGCCUGCCGCAUGUAGACCCGGACAGACUCAAACUGAGGCUCUACUCCUAUGCCCCGCAACAGGCUCCCGUGAACGUACGGGCGCUCCAUUUCAAGGGAGUCACGCAGGCUCAGAUCAAACGAGGCAGUGCGCCCAUUGGAGCUAAAGUGCAACCAUUGCCAUGUCUGCAUAAAUACCAGGAGCGGAAUUCACCUGCGUAUAUUCACCGCAAGAACCGCGAAGCACUGGAGACUAAAGCUGCUGUUGAAGCUGCGAGCGCCGCAAGUGAAGUGCGGAAAUACAAACGAUCGUUGUCGAUUAAACCUCUGGUUAGGCCUGAUGGAUCGAGCUCACCGCUUCCUACUCUACCAGAUGACCUGCAGAAGAAACAGGAUAUGAUGCGUCGGGAAUCACCAGAACCGAAAAUAGCCAAAAGAGAAGAAGUUAUGUCCCCUAGAGGAAGAGUUGUGGCCCUUUCUCCCACUUUAUCAGUCCCUUCCAAAAUGACCUUUGCGGAAUCGUACGAAGGAGUCAAAGACCCACACUACAUUAUUCAGAUCGUCAAAGAAGACCCGAAGGUUGGAUUUCUCUACCUCAGCCCCGCGGUGCCGAAAUCAUCAGUCAGAUACCACUACUACAACCUCAAAGUCGUCUCUCACCAACACAUCAACAAGAGCGACCACUGCACAAUCAGCAAGAAAGGUGUCACUCGCAUGCGAAACGACGACGAGACAGAGUUUAUCACGCUCGACCGCUGGGAACAGGAAGUGGAGUACUUUCAGAAACUCAUCAAGAUUCCAGCCUUUGCGUUGUUCAGAAAGUGGAAGGCUUUCAGUGUGUGGAGGAAGAACGUUAUGACGAAGAAAAUCCAGGGAUGUCGUAAAGCCCUCACUGAAAACCUCUUCAUUGUCAAUCCAUCUCUACGACCGGCAUUGCUGAAUGUGCGUGAGAUGUGUCAUCGUAUCAGUGAGAUGGGACUCUGUCAGAUCGACAAGGAUCACACGUACACCCUCACCGAGUUCAGAGAGGCACAGUUCAACCAGCUUAACGACAUCGCAGGCCGGUUACAAGAUUUCCGAGAGCUGGUGAAGGAGGUGGUCCGCAGUGCAUGUCGGACCGCCCUUCUGGAGGCUGGGUUUACACCAGACGACUACUUCUACGAUGGAGCCGACUCACCAGGGGUUUACGGUGAUGCUGGUUUUGUUCCGGGCACCGCGUCAAGCUACUUGAUGCAGAGUAACUACGACAUGGACAUCUACGGCGAAGCCCCAGACAAGAUGACGUACACGGAGCAGGCAAACAAACGCGCCCACUGCAAGAGACUCACAUGCUUCAUCCGCCUGGCUGACUACCUGAUAGUGAACACGAUGCACGUCCUGGCCGUCAACUCGGUGUCCACGCUGCUCAACUACCUGACAGAACAGCUCCAGAACACCCCGACCCUCUCCCAGAUACAGGGACUGGAGGACGAGAAACCAACCAAACCGGCUGUCGAGCAGAAAUCAGAGGAGGACGACGAAGAUGUUCCCAAGUUACCUCCCCUGUACAUCACGGAGUUCAUCCUGGAGCCGCUGCAGCUGUUGUUCUCACCGGACGUCGACGACUUCCAGGACGGCAUCGCCGAGGUCAUCAAACGAUUCCAGGACGCAGUGCUCAGCGUCCAGAACCUCGUACCGGACACAUACUUCGACGCUUUCACCAGACCGAUCAUCAACAACAAGUUUGAGGACAAGUCGUGUGGUGAUGGUCCAAGUCUGUCGACCAUGUUUGAAGACGACAAACACUUGCAGGCCAUUAUCUACAACAUCAGAGAUGCAAUGAGUGCUGCUUUCAAUGCUGCGAGUCAGUACGCCGACACGUUUGAGCCGUACCGCGAGUUCUUCAGAGACAAUGAAAGUCUCGACCUCGCCUCCAUCAAAGCACAGGAUCAUGAUGUCGCCUUCUUCGAGACGCACCUCGAGAAGUACCACAAGCAGUGCACGAUGACGGAAAGCAUCGUUGCCAAGCGACCGGUCGGAAUGCUGCUUGUUGAUGCCCUCAAGAUGAAGAACCUGCUCAUCCCAUCCCCUCUGAGAUGUCUCGACGUGAUUAACGAGAUGCUACCUGUGCGAGCCAAGCGAGAGGUGGACCGGUUGAUCGCAGAGCUCCAGGACGCACAGUUCAAACUGGAGACGACUCCCACCACGACUCUCGAGUUUGUCCAGAGUCUGACAUUCCUCGACGAAAUCCAAGUCAGGAUUGAGCCAAUGGAGAAGGAGGCAAUGGUUGUGAAGGAGAUGUAUGACCUUAUAGAGAAUUACAACGUCCCAGUACCGCCUGAAGACCUAGCAGUGUACCAGACACUUGGCUCCUCGAUCACCAACGUACAGAACGCCAUUGACAAGAGUCUGACGGAGAGAGACGCCAACAUUGACAAGUUCUGUAAUCACCUCGACAAGGACAUCGCAGAGUUGGCCAAGGAUGUGAAACUCGUGAAACAGGAUGCACAGAACCCGAUGAUCCUGGACGCGUCGUCUGACAAGGAGAAAGUGAGAAACCUGCUGGCUCGUCUUCUCAGCCAGAUGGAGGACCUCCAGAAGAAAGCCUUCACCUACAAGUCCUACCAGAAGAACUUCAAGGUCGAAGUGGCCAAGUUUGAUGAGCUGGAAGAGACUCACGCUGAGUUGAAGCUGAAGGAACUUCUGUGGAACGCUAUUGAUGAAUGGGAUACACACCUUCAGGAAUGGACCUCUGAGCCGUUUGACACUCUGGAUCCGGAGCAGAUGAACACGAUCACCAUGAAGUAUUCCAAGAACGUGAUGCAGCUGGAGAAAGGUCUGCCGCCCAACGCUGUGGUGCCUAAACUGAAAGAGAAGGUCGACAUCAUGAGAGAGAGGCUGCCGGUGGUGACGGACCUGCGGAACCCGACCUUGAAGAAACGCCACUGGGACAUGAUCGAGGACAUUCUCGACUUCCACUUCACCGAGGAUGAACCACUCACCCUGGGCAAACUCGUCGAGAUCCACGCCUUCAAACACAGCGAGGAGAUCCAGGAGAUAUCCGGCAUGGCGUCAUCCGAGGCCGGCCUGGAGGCCAUCUUGAAAAAGGUUGACGAGUCGUGGAAAUCCACUGAGUUCAUGGUUCUGCCUCACAAAGAGUCGAAGGACGCAUUCAUUCUCGGAGGAACGGAUGAAAUCCAGCAGCUGCUUGACGACAGCAACAUCAACGUGGCAACGAUCGCCAGCUCCCGCCACGUGGGCCCCAUCAAACCGCGCGUCGAUGAGUGGGUGAAGCAACUUGAUCUGUUCGGAAAAACUCUGGAUGAGUGGUUGAACUGUCAGCGUAGCUGGUUGUAUCUGGAGAGUAUCUUCAGUGCGCCCGACAUCCAGAGACAGUUGCCGGCGGAGGCGAAGAUGUUUCAGCAAGUGGACAAGUCGUACAAGGAGAUCAUGAGGAAAGUCAACAAAGUGCCGCAGGCUCUCCGCGCGGGAACACAGCCAGGACUGCUGGAGACGUUUCAGAAUAACAACGCUCUGCUCGAUCAGAUCAUGAAGUGUCUGGAGGCGUACCUUGAGUCCAAGAGAGUUAUCUUCCCCAGGUUCUACUUCUUGUCAAAUGAUGAGCUUUUGGAGAUUCUCGCCCAGACGAGAAACCCACUUGCUGUUCAGCCUCACCUGAGAAAGUGCUUCGACGCCAUAUCCAAACUCGAGUUCGCAGUCCUGUCAUCGCCCUCGGAAGACAAAACAACAUCUUCUGAAGGCCAGAGUGGUGAGACGGAGAUUCAAUACACUAAUGAAAUUUUGGCGAUGGUUUCGCCUGAAGGAGAAAAGGUUUCCCUCGGAAAGGGUCUGAAGGCUCGUGGAAACGUUGAGGACUGGCUGGGUAAGGUGGAGGAGGCCAUGUUCUCAAACCUGCGUCGACUGACCAAGUUUUCCAUCGCCGACUACGAACGCAGGCCACGGGCAGACUGGAUCGUCAGCCAUGCUUCACAGGUUGUGUUGACAGUCGCACAGCUGAUGUGGGCUCGAGAAGUGACGGAGAUUCUCGAAGGAGAGUUUGAUCGGCUGGAAGCAAUGAAAGAGUUUGAGACUCAGUGUUUCUCUGACUUGAACAAAUUGGCUGCGAUCGUGCGAGGCGAGCUGCCGAAGUUGGCGCGGGCGGUGUUGUGUGCUCUGAUUACCAUCGACGUGCACGGCCGAGACAUGAUCACCGAGAUGGUCAAAACACAGGUUGAUGACAUCAGCAGUUUCCAGUGGCAGAAACAGAUGAGGUACUACUGGGACGCAGACGUGGAUGACUGCAUCGUGCGCAUGUCAAUCUCUGAGUACAACUACGGUUACGAGUACCUCGGGGCAUCAGCACGACUCGUUAUCACGCCGCUCACUGAUCGUUGUUACCUGUGCUUGAUGGGAGCUCUCCAGUUAGACCUGGGAGGUGCCCCAGCCGGGCCUGCUGGAACGGGAAAAACAGAGACAACGAAAGAUCUGGCCAAGGGUCUGGCCAAGCAGUGCGUUGUCUUCAACUGUUCUGAUGGCCUCGAUUACAAGAUGAUGGGUCGAUUCUUCUCAGGACUGGCUCAGUCUGGCGCAUGGUGUUGCUUCGACGAGUUCAACAGAAUUGACAUUGAGGUGUUGUCCGUGAUCGCCCAGCAGCUGAUCACCAUCAGGAACGCAAAAGCACAGAAGCUACAACGCUUCAUGUUUGAAGGGAGAGAAAUCAAGCUGCUGCCAACGUGCGCGACGUUUAUCACCAUGAAUCCCGGUUACGCUGGCCGAACAGAACUCCCCGACAACCUGAAAGCUCUCUUCAGACCCAUUGCCAUGAUGGUGCCAGAUUACGGUCUGAUAGCUGAAGUGAUCCUGUACUCCGAAGGAUUCGAAUCGUCCAAGAACCUCGCCCAGAAGAUGGUCCAGAUGUACAAGCUGUGCAGUGAGCAGCUGUCUCAGCAGGACCACUACGACUUCGGGAUGCGCGCCGUCAAGUCCGUGCUCGUGAUGGCCGGCACGCUCAAGAGACAGAACCCAGACAAACACGAGGAUGUGGUGCUCAUUCGAGCACUGCGAGACAGCAACCUGCCAAAGUUCCUGAAGCAGGACGCUCAACUCUUCCAGGCCAUCCUGACGGAUUUGUUCCCCGGCGUCGAGAUUCCCGAACAUGAUUACGGCCGCCUACAGCUGGAGAUCGAGAGUGUCCAGAAGAAAAUGGACCUGCAGCACGUGUCGGCCCAGGUGAAGAAAGUGAUCCAGUUCUACGAGACCAUGAUAGUCAGACACGGGGUCAUGCUCGUCGGACCGACUGGUAGCGGAAAAACAACCAUCUACAGGAUUCUGGCCAAGACUCUGUCGAACCUUCACGAGGAGGGUCUAUCUAAGGAAAACUACUUCUACCAGCCGGUUCACACAUUUGUCCUCAACCCCAAGGCCAUCACCAUGGAGGAGCUGUAUGGUGGAAUCAACAAACUGACUCUGGAGUGGCAUGACGGGCUGAUGGGCCUCACUGUCAGACACACAGUACAGGAUACGACGGAGGAUCACCAGUGGAUCAUCUGUGACGGUCCGGUGGACGCGCUGUGGAUCGAGAACAUGAACACAGUGCUGGACGACAACAAGAUGCUGUGCCUGGCCAACAGUGAGAGAAUAAAGUUCACGCCCUACAUACACAUGGUCUUCGAGGUGCAGGACCUCGCAGUCGCCUCCCCUGCCACUGUCAGCAGAUGCGGCAUGGUGUACAUAGACUCAGAGGAGCUCAAGUGGAUGCCGUUUGUGAAGACGUGGCUGAAUAUCUGGUCUGAACAGCUGCGCGAGGACGACAGGGACUACCUGCUCAACCUGUUUGAGACCUACGUCGAGGACGGCCUCCGCUUCAUACACAAGAAGUGCACCGAGACCAUGGCACAGGUUGAAGUGAGCAAGGUGACCACACUGUGUAAGCUACUGGAGGCCCUGCUAUUCCCCAAGCGGGGCGGUCCCGACAUGUACCAGGACCCGAAGAAGCUUCACCCGCUCAUCUGCACGACGUUUGUCUUCUCCUACGUAUGGGCCAUCGGUGGCAACAUCAUUGACUCCUACUGGGACGCAUUCGACACCUUUGUCCGAGGCCAAUUUGAUGACAACGGAGAUGCCAAGAUGCCUCCGUCGGGAGACCUGUGGAGUUGUUUCAUGGACUUCGAGACACGACGCAUGGACUCGUGGGAGAAGAUCGUGCCCCAGUUCAAGUACAGCAAGGAAGUUCCGUUCUUCGAGAUGCUCGUGCCCACCGUCGACACCGUCCGCUUUGGAUAUCUCCUCGAGAAACUCUUGUCUGUCGGGAGAUCUGUCCUAUAUACAGGAGGCUCCGGUGUUGGAAAGUCUGUGAUAGCGCGCGGUCUUCUGAACAAUAUUUCUGAACGACAGAGCUACGUGCCGGUGUUCAUCAACUUCUCCGCUCAGACCAGCAGCCAGCGCACCCAGGAGAUGAUUGAAGGCAAACUCGAGAAACGAAGAAAGACGGCACUCGGAGCCCCACAAGGCAAGCGUGUUAUUAUCUUCAUUGACGAUCUGAACAUGCCCAAGCUGGACACGUAUGGCUCCCAGCCGCCCAUCGAGCUUCUCCGGCAGUACCAGGAUUUCAACGGAUUCUACGACCGGGAAAAACUCUACUGGAAAGAUAUACUGGAUGUGACACUUUCUGCUGCGUGUGCGCCCCCUGGUGGUGGUCGUAAUCAAAUCACUCCCCGACUGCUGCGUCACUUCAGCAUGUUGACGAUUCCACCCCCAUCGGAGCACUCACUCAAACAAAUGUUCAUGGCGAUUCUCACCGGUUUCCUGAUAGACUUCCCUCACUCUGUCAGACAGACGACAGAAGCCAUUGUCACUGCCGCCGUCGAGAUCUACGGCCGCAUGAGCACUGACCUGUUACCCACACCGGCCAAAUCCCACUACGUUUUCAACCUCCGAGAUCUCUCCAAGUGUGUACAAGGUGUUUUACAAGCCGACCCCGGAGUGAUUCGAGACAACCACCAGAUCUUCCGUCUGUUCUGCCACGAGGCUCAGCGAGUGUUCCACGACCGACUGAUCAACAACGAGGACAAGAUGUUCUUCCACGAGAUCAUGUCCGAGAUGGCUCACAAACAUUUCGGAGAGGAAAUGGAUGCCAAGUCGUUUGUGAAGAAUCCGAUUCUGUUUGGAGAUUUCCACAAGAUGGGAACCAACGCUGAAGAUCGGAUGUAUGAGGAAUUCCCAGACUUGAAGAAACUGCAGAACCUAUUACAAGACUACCUUGAUGACUAUAACAUGCAGUCAUCGAAGGAAAUGAAGCUGGUGUUUUUCAUAGACGCAGUGGAGCAUGUGACCCGUAUUGUGCGCAUGAUACGCCAGGAGAGAGGAAACGCCCUGCUAGUUGGAGUGGGUGGGUGUGGAAAACAGUCGUUAACAAGACUGGCGUCUCACAUCUGCGGCUACCAGUGUGUCCAGAUCGAGCUGAGUCGUGGCUACGACUACACAGCAUUCCAUGAGGAUCUGAAAAAACUCUACACUCUUGCCGGGGUGCAGAAUCUCAACACAGUGUUCCUCUUCACGGACACGCAGAUUGUGGUGGAGGAGUUUCUUGAGGACAUUAACAACAUCCUGAACUCGGGCGAGGUCCCCAAUCUGUUUGAGCCCGAGGAAUACGAACAGCUCAUCAUCGGCUGUCGGCCCGGAGCAAAGGAUGCUGGGAUACCGGAGGGAAACCGAGAUCUCAUUUACGAAUUCUGUAUCAAUCGAGUCAGAAACAACCUGCACAUUGUGUUGUGUAUGAGUCCCGUGGGCUCGUCGUUCCGGUCGCGGUGCCGCAUGUUCCCAUCUCUCGUCAACUGCUGCACGAUCGACUGGUUCACCGAGUGGCCCAAGGAAGCUCUCCUCGGCGUGUCUGAAUCGUUCUUUGAAAACGUUGAACUCGGGGAUGAUGAACUCAAGAACCGAAUCGCCAAGAUGUGCGUUGAGAUUCACAUGAGCGUGACGAUGAUGGCUGACAAGUUUUACCUGGAGCUGAAGCGCCACUACUACACUACGCCCACCAGUUACCUGGAGCUAAUCAACCUCUACCUGACCAUGCUCACCGAGAGGACAAAACUUCUGACUAAUGCGAGGGACCGAGUGAAAAAUGGUUUACAGAAACUGCUGGAGACGAACGACAUCGUGGACAAGAUGAAGAAAGAGUUGGUCGCCCUCGAACCCGAGCUGAAGAAGAAAUCAGUCGACACGAACGCGUUGAUGGAGAGACUUGUGGUUGACCAGGAGAAGGCCGACGCUGUGAGGAAGGUUGUCAUGGAAGACGAAGCCACGGCCACGGUCAAGGCUGAGGAGACUCAGGCUAUCGCCGAUGAUGCACAGAGAGAUCUGGACGAGGCCCUCCCAGCACUGGAGGCCUCCUUAAAGGCUCUUGAUUCUUUGGAUAAGAGUGACAUUGCUGAGAUCCGAGUGUUUACCAAACCACCAGAACUUGUACAGACCGUCAUGGAAGCUGUCUGCGUGUUACUGGGCCAGAAGACGGACUGGGCAGGUGCCAAGUCAGUUUUGGGUGAUGGUCAGUUUUUGAAGAAGCUCAUGGACUAUGACAAAGAUAAUAUACCUGAAGCCACGUUGAAGAAGCUUAAAAAAUACAUCGAAAACCCCAAAUUUGUCCCUGAGGCAGUGGAAAAAGUCUCAAGGGCGUGUAAGUCGAUGGUUAUGUGGGUGAGAGCUAUGGAUCUGUAUGCUCAUGUCUUCAGAACAGUGGAACCAAAAAAGAAGAGACUUGCGUCGGCCGAGAUUGAGCUGCAGCAAGUGAUGACUCUGUUGCGUGAGAAGCAGGCAAAGCUGGCCGAGGUGGAGGAGCAGAUUGCAAGGCUGCAGAAGUCGUACGACGACAGCGUCGCAGAGAAGCAGAAACUGGAGCGCAACAUCUCAACCACCGGUGCGCGUCUCAAGAGAGCCUCAAAACUGACCAGCGCUCUCGGGGACGAGCAGAUUCGCUGGUCACACAAUGUGGAGGAAUUCAACAAGGAGAUUGGCAAUGUGACUGGUGACGUGUUCGUCUCGGCAGCGUGUGUCGCCUACUACGGUGCGUUCACCAGUGUGUACCGCCAGGAGCUGAUCAACAUCUGGACAGACCGCUUCAUCGAGCUGUCCAUCCCCGUCACCAGCAACAUCACGCUGGCCAAGGUGCUGGCCGACCCCUUCGAGAUCCGACAAUGGAAUGCAGACGGGCUGCCACGUGACCACGUCUCCACCGAGAACGCCAUCCUCGUCACCAGGGGGCGCCGCUGGCCUCUCAUGAUUGAUCCACAGGAACAGGCUAACCGGUGGAUCCGCAACAAAGAGACGAAGAAUGGCCUGAAGGUGAUCAAACUGACGGACAGCAACUUUCUGCGCACCGUGGAGAACUGUAUACGUAUCGGGAUGCCCGUUCUACUGGAGGACGUCGGGGAAACCCUCGACCCAGCACUCGAACCCAUCCUCCUCAAACAGACCUUUAUAUCUGGUGGUCGUCUGCUGAUCAGACUGGGAGACACGGAUAUCGACUACGACCGCAACUUCAAGUUCUACAUGACAACGAAGUUGUCGAACCCGCACUACCUGCCUGAAGUCUGCAUCAAGGUGACCAUCAUCAACUUCACUGUCACCAAGUCCGGGCUGGAGGAUCAGUUAUUGAGUGACGUGGUGCGACUGGAGCGCCCCGAUCUGGAGGAACAGAGAAACCAGUUGAUCGUGCGAAUCAACGCGGAUCGCAACCAGCUCAAGUCGAUAGAGGACCGGAUUCUCAAGCUGAUGUUCGAGUCGGAGGGAAACAUCCUCGACAAUGAGGAGCUCAUCAACACCCUCAAUGAGUCCAAGGUGACGUCUGGCGUGAUCAGUGAGCGUCUGGCGGAGGCGGAACAGACGGAAGUGAAGAUCUCUCUGGCACGUGAGAAAUACAGAACGGUGGCUGAGCGCGGUUCUGUCAUGUACUUUGUUGUCGCAGACAUGGGCGAGGUGGACCCCAUGUACCAGUUCUCUCUCAAGUACUUCAAACAGCUGUUUAAUACGACGAUCGAGACGAGCCAGAAGUCGGAUGACCUGUUAGAGAGACUGAAAAUACUCCUUGACGAGACCACCAUGUGUAUUUAUAAAAAUGUUGCCAGAGCCUUGUUCGAGAAAGACAAACUGGUUUUCUCAUUCAUGCUGUGCGCCGAGAUUAUGAAGACCGCGGACGAGAUAACGCAGAACGAGUGGAAUUUCUUCCUGCGCGGAGCAGCUGGAAUAGACAAGAUCCGACCUCCAAAGCCAGACGCGCCCUGGAUGCCAGUGUCCACGUGGAACAUAGCGUGCGAUCUAAACGACAGUCUGCCCAGUUUCCGCGGCAUCCAGAACGACCUCACAAAGACACCAGUGUGGAUAAGUCUCGGGGGUGUACAGGGAUACUCCGAACUGCGUUUAAACCAAACAACAGGUUUACCGAACGUGUUAAUUGAGGUGCGAGUAAAUCCAGAUCAGCUUCCAACUUAUGUAAAGCUCCCCCCGGAACCGAAACCCCCGGCAAAGCAACAGAAACAAGAUGAAUCACAGGAAGGAGAACAGGCUGACGACGGAAAGGUCAAAGGUCACUGGCAGAUCAGACUUACCAGUUUCCAAAAACUUGUCUUCAUCAAGGCGUUUAGUGAGGAGAAGACUGUGUUUGCCAUCAAUGACUUUGUGAAGGAGAACCUGGGCCAGCAGUUUGUCGAGUCCCCGCCGGUCGGGCUACAGGAGCUGUACCAGGACAUGAACAAAGUGACACCACUCAUCUUCGUGCUCAGCACGGGAUCCGACCCCAUGGGAGCCUUCCUCAGGUUCGCCAAGGAGAUGGGAUACUCGGAAAAGGUUCAGUCAAUAUCUCUGGGUCAAGGUCAAGGCCCUGUUGCCGAGAAGUUGAUUCACACGGCCAUCAAAACUGGAGACUGGGUCAUCCUUCAGAACUGCCACCUGGCUCAGUCGUGGAUGCUGGCGAUGGAGCGGACGGUGAAGAAUCUGUCGGAGACGCCCGACGAGAUCCACGACGACUACCGCCUGUUUCUCAGCUCCAUGCCCGCCAAGCACUUCCCCGUGUCCGUGCUGCAGAACAGUGUCAAGGUCACCAACGAGCCGCCCAAGGGUCUGCGCGCCAACAUCCGGAGAGCGCUGGGCGAACUGACACCAUCGUUCUUUGAGGAGAACAUCCUCGGUCAGGAAUGGAAGAAGAUGAUCUUCGGAAUCUGUUUCUUCCACGCCAUCAUCCUGGAGAGAAAGAAGUUCGGACCUCUCGGCUGGAACAUCAAGUACGAGUUCAACGACAGUGACCGGGAGUGUGCCCUCCUCAACCUGCAGAUGUUUACGAAAGACGGCAUCAUUCCGUGGGACACUCUGUUUUACAUCACUGGAGAGAUCACAUACGGUGGUCGUGUGACAGACUUCCUGGACCAGCGCUGUCUGCGAACCAUUCUGAAGACGUUCUUCUCGGACAAAACUCUGGAACCCGGCUACCAGUAUUCUCCAUCAGGUACGUACUACGCCCCGGAACUGAACACCCUCCAGGAGUACAGACAGUACGUCGAGGAGCUGCCUCUCAUCGACCAGCCCGAAAUAUUCGGCAUGCACGAGAACGCCAGUCUCGCUUUCCAGAUGCAGGAGACGGCGGCCAUUGUGACGACGAUUCUGGAAGUGCAGCCGCGGAUGUCAUCCGGCGGGACGGGGAAGUCUAAUGAUGACAUCGUGUACGAACUGGCAGAGUCCAUCCUGGGCAAACUGAUGGACAAGUUGGACAUUGAUCAGGCCAACCAGGAGAUGUUUGAGCCUGAUGACAAGGGUCGUCUAAACUCUCUCACCACUGUUCUCACACAAGAGGUCGACCGCUUCAACAAACUGCUCCGUGUUAUUAAGAACUCUCUGACCCAGCUCCAGAAGGCCAUCAAGGGUUUCGUGGUGAUGAGCGAGGAACUGGAGAUGGUGUACAACUCGUUCCUCAACAACCACGUGCCGGACCUGUGGGCAAACUCAGCAUACCCGUCCCUCAAGUGUCUGUCGAGCUGGGUGACCGACCUCGUCUACCGGUGCUGCUUCAUCAAUAACUGGAUCCUAUAUGGCGUGCCCAAGUCGUUCUGGCUGUCGGGUUUCUUCUUCCCACAAGGUUUCCUGACUGGAACCCUUCAGAAUUACGCCCGGAAGUACAACUACCCCAUCGACCAUCUGAGCUUCGUGUAUCAUGUCCUGCAUCACUACCGCGACCAGAAGGACGUCACCAGACAGAUGGCCGAUCUCAAGUUCGGAGAAGAAAUAGAAAUGGACAAAGUGAUUGAGUCUCCAGCGGAUGGGGUGCUGGUGCACGGUUUGUUCACCGACGGGUUCCGGUGGGACGACGCGAAGGGCGUGUGCGAGGACUCGAUGGUUGGCGAGAUGAACUCAGUGUUACCCAUGAUGCACAUGGAGCCGCAGAUGGACUACAAACCGAGCGAAGACGACUACACCUGCCCGCUCUACAAGACCGCCGCACGCGCAGGCGUGCUGUCGACAACCGGUCAUUCGACUAACUACGUGGUUGCUGUGUAUCUCCCAUCAUCUAGAAGUCAGGACUAUUGGAUUGCGAAAGGUGCUGCCCUCCUGUGUCAACUCAGUGAUUAGAACAAAGGGAGACAACUAACCUGUGUGAACCAUAAAAAGAGAACAACAUUUGGGACCAGUUUCGUUUCGUGUUCGACUACAAAAAAAAAGUGUGAUACAAAUUAACAGGAUUCCAUUAUUCAAAGUAUUUGUUGUCAGUUUUAUGCCAAAAACAUUGGUUGUAAUCAUUAUGAAAACCAAAUGGAACUUAUUAGCACCAAGAUAGUAUAUUUAUUUGUUUUUGUUUUAAACUAAAAAAAGCCUCUUGUUUUUAAAACCUGUGUGUGAAUGCGAGAAUUGGCUUUUGUGAACAUAUAAUUUUAUUAUUAAUCUGCUAACUUUGAAAAAAAUAAAAAUGGAAACCAGCUACUUACUUAGACAUUUGAGAGAAGAAUCAAGUAAAAAAACUAUUGUGUAGUGUUCCUAGGACAUAAGUAAUUAGACAAAACCAUGGACUAUGACCAACUAAUGUGAUAUUUUUUUUGUUUUUAAUAUUUGUUGUCGUGCCUUUUAAUGAUUCCACCACUGUUGUUAUUAUUGUAUGUCUUAUUUAUUAUAUCGUUUACAUGUUUAGUAAAUUGUGUUAUUACCCAUAUGGUUAAAACUAUCUUGGUACAUAGCAAAGUGAUACAUCCCACUAGAAUGCCAAGUGGGACAUAACACUUUUGACGUCGCUAGCGCAUGUGUCAAAUGAAAAUUAUUUCACUCGGGAUAUAAACAUGAUACGAAAUGAAAGCUCAUUUAAUACCCUAUAAUUUUCCAUCAGGAUUGUAUAUUGGGUAGUAUGAGGUAUAGCUUUAAUUAUGAAUAUUUUAUUGAAGGUACAUCCGUUCCAGAGUCACGUUUACUUUGUUUUAAAAGACACCACUAGAGCACGUUUAUUUAUUAAUUAUCUACUAUUGGAUGUCAAACAUUUAAAAUUGUGACACGUAGUCUUCAGAGAAAACUGGUAAAUGUUUCCAUCAGUAGCAAGAAUUUCUGAGACAGGGCAGCUUAUACCUUAGCCUGUGGUAGGCCAAUUGUGGGGGUACUGGUUGGUUUUGGGGGAGAAAAAAAACAAUUGGAGAAUCCUAAUUUUCAGCCCUGAUUUGUUUAAAAAUUAUUAUUAUACUGUUUGAAACAGUCCAAAAUGCAGAAAGGUCAAGAGGUCAGGAUAACUAUUUGUGAAAGGAGAAAAUAAUUAGUUUGCUUCAUUUUUAACAUAAUUAUAAUACUGCAUGCUAUUUUAUAACACAGCAAUAAUUUCAUGUAUAAUAAUUGCUAGAGUAUUAUUUGUGCUGUAUACUUGUGUCUUUCUCUUUUAAAAUUUGUUCAAGGUGUGUAAUUCAGUCGAUUUAUCCAUUGGAUAUUUUCACAUAAUUUAGAUGUUAUUGAAAUGUGUAUAUAUAUAUAUAUGUAUGUAAUUGAGACAAUGUACCUUUAAUAAUGUUGUAUAUACUGUUAGCCUGGUGGGUAAACUGCUGAAUAUAGUCUGUGAUAACAAACAAACCAUUCUUUCCGUCCUAAACUGUAUUAAAUUUUGCAAUUAACCAUAUGUUGUUGCUGUUUUUCUUUUGUUUCUGUUUCAUACUUACAUGUACAUACAUAUAUAAUAUACAUAUACUUAAAAAAAAAUAUUAUUAUUGACAUACUUAUUUAUACCUUAUUUUAUCUAUUGGUUGACAUAUUUUUAACAUUGGGCGAGUUUUCGUCUUAAAUAUCUAAAACAUUUUAUGUCAGGUGACGUUUUGUGUGUGUGUGUGUGUCUGUGUGUGUGUGAAUAUUGAAUUAUUUUACAUAGAAGUAUCCGUGCAUCGGUCAUUGCAGUCUGCCAAAAUUACUACUGGACAAUUAAGAAUGUUUCUAUGUGUAUUAUCUUAUUGAGAGAAAUGUUUCGGACAUAUGUAAAUCAGGUAUUUUGGUUAAAAACUAUAUGAGAAUUGUGUAGAUAUCGGAAUGUGCAGAUUUGUAAAUAUAGACAAUAUUUGUAUUGUCUGUAAAAUGUGUGAUAUCAAUAUUUAAAUUACAUGCUAAGUAUGUGAAAAUAAUAUCAUUGAAAUAUAUGAUAUUGGUAUCUGUAUGUCAGAAGUGUGAUAUUUUAUAUAUUGCAUAUGAAAUGUAUGAUACCUGUGUUUACAUGUGAAAUAUAUGUGAUAUAACUUUGUACAUUUCCAAUGAACUGCGAUCCAAAAAAGUGUGUUUUGUAUUUCCACUAUAUCGGGUGUUUACAUGUGAAUCUGUGAAUAAAUAUUAUGCAGUU